UUCACAUCUCCCUCUCCUUGUUUCCCCCCGUCUUCUUGAACACUCCCCCCCAGUUCAAAUCUUUCUUCUCUCUCUACUUUCUUUCUCCGCCAGAUUCCCACUCUUCCACUUCAGAUUUUCCCAGCGCCCAAACACACCUUCAGACGACCAAUCUUUCCCUUUCUCUCAGCUCGAGACGGAAGCAGGAAAGAGCGCCGGAGAAAACUAGCAAAUCCGACUGCCCGGGCGAAAAUGCCGUUCAACUACGAGGCCGCCGCGAGUGCCAUCAAGAACCGGUUCGGAUUCAAUGACCGCUCCACCUCGGAGUCCGUGCCGAGUACUCCGUUGCUGCUGAAUUCGGCUGCUCGGGGCGAGUUUACAUCCGGCAAGCCUCUGUUUGCCGCUUCCGCAGCUCGGAGGAUCGUAGAGUGGGAGGACGAUGCCGCUGGCGAAACAAGCGGGCUGGCGACUCAGAGCUCGGAGCUCAGUGACGAUUCAUCGUUCUGGAAGGACAACAACGUUCAGGUUAUCAUAAGAAUGCGCCCACUAAGUGGCUCUGAAAUUUCCCAGCAAGGUCAUAAAACUUGUGUCAGGCGAGAGAAUCCUCAGGUGAUAUCAUGGACUGGGCCUCCAGAGUCUCGCUAUACAUUUGAUCUUGUUGCGGACGAGACUGUUAGCCAGGAACAAAUGUUCAAGGUGGCUGGGUUGCCAAUGGUUGACAAUUGCAUGGGAGGGUACAAUAGCUGUAUGUUUGCAUAUGGUCAGACAGGAAGUGGGAAGACUUACACCAUGCUCGGAGACAUAGAAGGAGGUACAAGAAGGCACAGUGUCCAUUGUGGGAUGACACCUAGAGUCUUUGAAUACUUGUUCUCUAGAAUACAAAAGGAAAAAGAUGUCCGAAAAGAUGAAAAACUGAAGUUUGUUUGCAAAUGCUCCUUCUUGGAGAUUUACAAUGAACAGAUUCUUGAUCUGUUGGACCCAUCAUCGAACAAUUUACAGGCAUAACUUUCUAAUGUUGUUCAAAUAAGAGAAGAUGUGAAGAAAGGAGUAUAUGUCGAGAAUUUAAAAGAGGUAGAAGUCACCAGUUCUCGAGAUGUUAUCCAACAGCUUAUUGAGGGUGCAGCAAAUAGGAAAGUGGCUGCAACUAAUAUGAACCAUGCAAGUAGUCGUUCCCACAGUGUAUUUACAUGCAUUAUUGAAAGCAAGUGGGAAUCACAAGGUGUAACUCACCACCGGUUUGCUCGACUUAACCUAGUUGAUUUAGCUGGAUCUGAAAGGCAGAAGAGUUCUGGUGCUGAAGGAGAACGUCUGAAGGAAGCUACAAACAUUAACAAGUCCCUUUCCACCUUGGGCCUUGUGAUUAUGAAUCUUGUUAGCAUAUCCAAUGGAAAAUCACUGCAUGUUCCAUACAGAGAUUCGAAGUUGACAUUUUUGCUUCAGGACUCACUCGGAGGCAAUUCAAAAACUAUCAUAGUUGCAAAUAUUAGUCCAGCUCUCUGCAAUUCGUUGGAAACAUUAGGCACAUUGAAGUUUGCACAACGUGCAAAGUUCAUUAAGAACAAUGCAAUUGUCAAUGAAGAUACAUCCGGAGAUGUGAUUGGCAUGCGGAUGCAAAUUCAGCAGUUGAAGAAAGAGGUUUCCCACCUACGCAGUUUAGUGAAUGAUGGAGCAGGCAGUUUUGCUGGAAUUGAGGCUUCAGCAGUAAGCAUUGCUGGAUCACCUACUGCUUUUAAAUGGGAGGGGCUUCAAGGAUCCUUCAGUCCUUUUGUUUCUGAUAAAAGGGUGUCUCAGAAACCAGACUAUGAGAUCGCCCUUAUCGGAGCUAUUAGGAGGGAGAAAGAUAAGGACAUGGAAAUGAAGGCACUGAAGGCUGAGAAUCAGGCAGUCUUGCUACUGGCUAAGCAAAGAGAAGAUGAGAUUCAAGGCCUCAAAAUGAGGCUACGAUUUCGCGAAGCAGGAGUCAAACGGUUAGAGUCAGUUGCUGCUGGUAAAAUUUCAGCAGAGACACACUUGUUGCAAGAAAAGGAGGAACAAUUGAAGGAGAUUCAACUUCUACGAACCCAAGUAGACAGGAAUCAAGAAGUUACAAGAUUCGCGAUGGAAAAUUUGAAGCUCAAGGAAGAAAUUAGAAGGCAUGUCUUGUUCAUUCUUCGUGAUCUACUCUGUCAUUAUUCCCUUUCAUUAGCUACUGUUCAGUAUUUAUGGCUGAAAUCAUGUUGUGAGGAGGGUGAAAGGGAGAUUAUGAAUGAGCAGAUCACAGUGUUGCAGAAUAAGUUGCUUGAGGCGCUUGAUUGGAAACUUAUGCAUGAAUCAGAAACCUUCUUUUCUCAGAAGGAAGAUUCAGUCAAGGAGAAAGAUGAUGAUAUUGAUCUCUUCAAGUUAAGCAAGGAAUCUGGAUCCCCUUGGCGUUUGAAGGAAGAGAAUGAGUUCCUUUGUAUGCAGGCUAUUCAAAACCAGGCAGAAAUAGACACUCUCCAUAAGCAGUUGAGCUUCUGCCUAGAAGAAAGAGACAAACUUGAAAGCCAUGCCAAUGAGUUGGCAGAACAACUUGAAGAAGCCAGAAAACACAUAAAUGAGGAGCCCUCAGUUGGUAUGAACGAUCAAAUGGAGCUCAAAACCAUGGUUGAUGCAAUUGCUGCUGCAACUCAACGAGAAGCAGAACUAUCCAAUGAGAAUGCCGAAGUGAGAUCAAAGCUCGAAGCUCGGAUCCACGACAACGAAGAACUCCAGUCGAAGCUGAAGGCCUUGAUCGAAGAGAAGAAUAGUCUCAUUGAGAUGUACGAACGUGCAGCGUCUGAAAGCAAAUACAAAGCUUCAGAUGACAACAACAUGGAUGUAGACAGCCCAGACAACACACCAAACGACUCCGAGUCGAUGAAAGCAGCCCUGGAGAACUUAGAGCAGCAGCUUUCAGAGAUGCAUGAAGAGAACGACAGGUUGCUUGGACUCUACGAAACUGCAAUGCGCGAGAAGGAUGAACUCCGAAAGGAGUUGCAUACAUCAGAAGAAGCAAAAUUGAAGCUAGAAACAGCUCUGGAGAAAAAGCUCUCCGAUUCUACCCGAAUUCUGAAAACGGUAGAGGAGGCUCUUACCGAGUUUGACAGAGUCUGCCAUGGAGUGGAAGCCAAGCAACAGGAGCUGAGUUCCUUGGAACUUCAAUCCAAGGAACUGCAGCAUACAAAAUCCGUUGUGGAGAACAAGUUUUCAGCGCUCAGAUGUUCCCUCUCCAACUUCUCUUCCUCCCUGGCCUACUUCGACCAGCGAGAAGCUCGAGCAAGGGCAAGAUUCAACGCUUCAUCAUCUUACCUAUCCCAAAAGGAAGACGAACUCGCCCGUCUUCAGGCCGAGAAGACAGAACUCGAGGCUGCAACAGGUCACAAGGCCAAAGAAUCCCAGCUCGAACUGAAGAUCAAGAUUUCAGCUCUGAGAUCGAAGCUCGACGAAGAGAGCCUCCGUCGGCGGGAGAGCGAGAAGGUCCUGUUGGCCAUCGACAACAUCGAGAGAGCCGACGGAGGAGGGUUCGGCAAGGCCACGGAGCUACUGAAGUCGGAAGAAGAGAAAGCGAAGGUGCACGCCGAGCUGCAGCAGUCCAUCGACAGGCUAAACUCCAUGAGAAAGGAGACCGAGGAUUCGAACAGAAAGUUGAGGAGGAUUGAUACCGAGUUGCAGGGUAUUCAACUGGAAGUAGAGAAGAGCACGAAGACGGCAGAGGAAAUGAUGGUUGCACUCGACAAGGUGGUGGAGGAGAAGGAAGGUGUAGCGGAGAUGAUCGAAAUGGGGAAGUCGGAGGUGGAGCGGAUGGUGGUUGAGUAUCAUCAGGGAGUGUUCGCCGUAGAUUUGAAGGAGGCGGAGAUGAGGAUUCUGGAGGAGGAAGUGUUGGUGGAGGUGGGAAGAAUGGAGGAUUUGAGAGCUCGGAAAUCGGCUGUUGCUGCAGAAGUGAGCAAGCUUUUGGGAGAGAUGAAAUGCUUUGAAUCAGGGCUUGUCUCUCAGUAGAUCGGAGAAGACUGAAGAAACAUUGCUGACGGCAGAAGUUUAGGUAUGCUUUGCUUUCAUUUAUCAACCAUGUUGUUUGUAUAGUCUCUUAUGCUAAUAUGUUUGCAGAAACUGUCAAGAGUUCGUUAUUACUUAUUAGUAACAUGGUUUUUGAAAGUCGUAUCAUGGAUCUACUUGUUGUUAUUGGAUUAGUAAGAGUUAAUUGUUCAUGGUGACUGGUGAGCAUAUUCUAGACAAUUCUUAUAUCAUAUUAUUAUUUGAAUGAAAUCGGUAGAUGAGUUUAAUGUUAUUAUACCGACCGUCAAUUCCAUUAUCAAGAGGUGUAUCCUCAACUUCUUAUACCAAUUUCUCCUAGUGUGG